AUGCCGGCCCCACCGCCCCCCGCCCGGCCCGGCCAGACCUUCACCAUCGCAGCCUUGCUGGGACGGGUCUCUCCCCCUCCGCCGAACCCCCCUUGGCAGCUCCCGCCUCUCUGGGGACCCUCCCCGGAUCUCGGGGUGGUCCCCGCCGCUGCCACCCGGGUCCUGCCGUCGCCGUCGCUUCCCCGGCCGCUCUGCGGGGUCUGCGGGACCCUGCCCGCCUGGGCUGCCCGCCUGGGGGCAACAGGCUUCCUGAUCUCCAAGUGCUGCUUCCCUGCCUUCAAAGCCAAGACUGGCAAAGCCAAGAGAGUCAGGACCAUCUUCACCAGUGACCAGCUGGCCCGGCUGGAGAAGGAGUUUGCAAGGCAGCAGUACAUGGUGGGCACGGAGAGGUGCCUGCUGGCCUCCUCCCUGCACCUCACUGAAGAGCAGGUGAAAGUCUGGUUCCAAAACCGGAGGAUCAAGUGGAGGAAACAAAGCCUGGAACAGCAACAAGCCAAACUGGCCAAAAUGGGUUUGGCCACCCCGCAGAGGAGUCCUGAUUCACAGAGUCACCAUGGCCAGGAGGAGGACAAGGACUUCCCAGCAGAGCUGGAGGAUGGCCAGGAGGACACAGCCUUGGGGACAGCACCUGCACAGACAGCGACAAAGAGCUGCUGA